AUCAAAAUUUAGCAAAUAUUUGGUCAAAUUCUGCGAAUUCUUGUUCAUUUUAGAAAAAUCAUUAGAAUUUUGCAUUCGAGAUAGUAAAUCAGGUUUUCUUCGAAGACUAUUCUGUAGAUCGUUCCAAGAAAAAAUCUGCGGUCGUUAUGUUACGACCGAUUUGCACCAUCGGUCGUCGAAUUUCUUUCGAAAGGAAAUCUAAGGAAUUUAUCCGAACAAAAGUGGUUAAACCCAGUUCUCUCUUGAAGCCAGCGGAGAGAAUUAAACUAUACAAUAGAGAGAACAAGGAUUUAUUCGGGCCUCUGUUGGAGAAUAGUAAGCAGAAGAAGCAGCGUACGCGAGAAGCGGCUAAAAAUAGAUCACAUCAAAACAACGGCGCGACAGCCACAAACGAAAAUACGCUCAAGUUAGAAAGUGAGCGGGAUGUGGUAGCAAGCUACUCUAAGUUUAGUGUGUACCCUGAGAAAAUAACCACGAUGUGGCAGAAUACGAAGAAUUUAGUGAACUUUGUUGGUGUUUUGUUGAACAACACAACAGUGAGAGGGUUAAAGACUGUAGUGCCAGUGAAUGCAGCGAGGAGCUCACCUGCACAGCCUGGGUAUGCGAGUGAAGACAGAAUACUGCAAAUUAAGCAGCAUAAGAAUGAUUUUGCUGAGCAGUAUCCUUCUGUUACCUUGAUCCUGAACAAAACUAUGACUGAAGACUCACGGACUGCUUUGGAGAAAUGGAAACAAGAGAGGAUCGCUGAAAUGGGAGAAGAAGAAUUCAAUAAAUUCUACCAGGCUCAAAUGGCAGUUGGUACCAAAUUCCACACUACACUCAAGAACUACUUCACGCAGCCUCAAACACAGCUUCGUAUUGAGAAGGACGUUGAAGGCGUCUGGGUGUCAGUCAGCGAUGUCCUCAAAAGUAUAUCAUCGCCCAAAGCAAUUGAGUCCAAUGUUGUGCAUCCUGUUUUGAAGUAUCGAGGAAUAUUUGAUGCAAUCGCUGAUUAUGAAGACAAACCCACACUAAUCGAAUGGAAGAAAUCCGACAAGCCACGCAAAUCGAUAUCUUUAACAUACGACAACCCUGUGCAACUAGCCGCGUACUUCGGCGCGGUCUGCAACGAUCUAAACUACAAACACUUAAACGUGCGCGAUGCUUUACUCGUUAUCGCGUACACAGACGGGUCUAAAGCUGACGUGUAUCAUCUAUCGACUGACAAAUUGAGGGAGCAUUGGGCGCAAUGGUUGAUAAGGCUGGAGGAAUUCAUGAAAACGCACGGGAAAGACUCGGAGAAGAUUCUGAAGGGAGGGAAGCGGCUGUUCGAGGAAGAUAUCGGGAAUCUCCAAUAAAUUAGGAAGGUCUCAGCUCGAAGAUUUAUGAAGAACCAAACCGAAACCUUUUCGAGGAAAACGCGUACUGUGUCGUUACAAACCUGGUAUUUAUAUAAAUAUUUCUUAUAAUUUGUAUAAUAUCACAUAGUUGAGAAAGUUGCCAGUUAUCCAAAAAUAAUGAAAAUUAAUUGGGACAGUGUGUUGUUGCAAUUAAUGCGAAGGGAAAUUACCGUAUUUCAUUUAAGUGCGAUAGUGCUUAUGGCAAUCGAAGGCCUUAGCCUGCUUUCAUAUUAAAAGUUUUUAUGUAAAACAUUAUACUGAAUUUUAGGGAAUGUUCAAGUUUUGAGAUUGUUGGUGAGAACGGGCUCGAACGAUGUAGGAAAGCGGAUGUUAGAAUGAGAAAGAAAGACACUCGAAACUUUGUUCCUUUUUAUGUGGCAAGACUUGUAUUGAGUUUUUUUUAUCUUAUUUCUCUCCUACCGUGUGAAGAAAAUUAAAAUGCAAGAUUUUUUUUUAAAACUGAACCUUUACAUAAAACAGUGGCCAAAGAAAUAGCAACAUUAUCCAGACAUUUUAUUCACAAAGAGAAAAAUUAUAGCCAGUUUUCUUUGAUAAACGUCAAUAUUGAUUAAAAUAUUACGAAAUAAAAUAACAUCAAAAUUACAUGCAAUACUUUUUGGUUGGUGAUCAUGUUGUAUUUGAGGCAAAUAGUUAAUUCCAAGUUCGAAAAAAAUAGGUUGUGUUGCCAGAUAAUUAUAACAUGAAUAAGGUAAGUUUUUUAGACUUGUAUCAUGAAACGUCACUCAAGUGGGAAUGUAAACUUAAACCAAUCGAGAUUGAAUUCAAUUUUGAGUGAAAUGUUUCAGAAUACGAGAUAUAUUAUAUUCUUACUGUAAGAUCUGUAGUCUACUGGUAUUUUGUUUAGAACUUAUGCUUUACUUAACUCAUAGUACUUUAAGUAGGUACACGUUACGAUACAUUUCAGUUUUAUGAUUUUAUUUUUUUACCAAAAUUGUCGCAAUACUUUUAUUACUGUUAAAAUGUUCAACAUCACAUGUUACAGUUUUGGUUAAAAAAUAAAGAAGAAACUCCGACCAUUUCUCGUACUAGAAUUUUUAUGUAACAAUUUAUAAUGUGUAUUUUCAAAUUACAUUUAUAAAUUAGUUCUCUGCAAAAAUAAUCCUCAUAUUAUUAGAUUUUCUUGUUUGUACAGUUCAUUUCAUACGAGCUGCAGUAUAAAGCAUUGGACUCGCUCGACUGUAUAGUCUGGUCUGUGAGCACGUAGAAUUUUGUCCAAUGACCCCAAGCUACCCAUCCUUAUCGCUUGCGCGUAAUUAUGUUACUGUCACGUUCGCACACUCACUGCGGGCGCCCGUCGCACAGUCGCGACAGCAAUAUAAUUAAGCGCGAGCGAUAAGGAUGGGUAGCUUGGGGUCAUUGGUCAAAAUUCUACGUGCUCACAGACCGGGCUUUAGAUAUUUUUGAGGUGGACUGUACUAACGACAAAGGCGCGGUUUCCACUAAAGCGGAGCGGAAAGAAAUAUUUUGAAUGACCAAUCACAUUUCAUUCACUUUGAAUGAAACUGACAAUAUGAAAUGUGAUUGAUUAAUUCAAAAAAAUUUUCGCUCCACCUUGGUGGAACCGGGCCUAAGCUAUUUGGAAAUGUUAAUUGUAUUCAUAAGAAUUUAAUAUUAGCUUUGGUUAAGUUUUGUAAUUGUAUACCAAAUAUUAUCAAUUGCCUAGUCAGCCUCCAUCAUACAGACGACAGUACAUCAAGCUAACACUGUGGCUUCUUAUGCCAUUGUAUUAUGGGCUAUUUUGCAACAAAAUUGUAAAGCUUGAUAUGCUGCCGGCUGUACAUCGGUACAAACAUCUGUAGCCAUUUUGAACAAUAUACGCGUGUGUAAUCAAUAUAAUGUACUCUUCUUUUACAUAGCAUUUAUUAGUAAUUAUACCGAAUGUAUCCUCUGAGUAUUUUAGUAAUAUAAUAAACUUACAGUUACCCUCUUCUCUAUUUGGGGAGAUUAAGUUCCUUUAAAAGACAUGUGUGUCAGAUUAUUAAAAAUACAGACUGUAUCGCCAAGUAGCAGUGUAAAAUAUCCCUGUUAAAACCUUGAAUCUUAUCCUAAUGUCUUUAAGUUCAAAUUCGACUUUAAAAGUGUAUAUCCAUGCUUUCAAGGACAAAACAAUAAUCUCAACUGAAGAAAUAUUUCUAACGCUAAAAAUAAAGAAUAUGGUAACUGAAAAUGCUAUGUUAACAUUUGAAUAUACUUAUACCACUCCAGAAACUGAUUAAUAUCCGUUUUCGCGCCUAUUGUUAUUUCUUUGAUAAUAAAUGUAUUUAGAAUUUUCAAUA